AUGGUGGCGGCCCGGAGCGCUGCCGCCCGCCGCGGAGCGUUGCUGCUACUGCUCGCCGCCCUCGGGGCCUGCCGCCUGCGCCUCGCCCGUGCCGCAGCGUCGUGUCCCCGGAGCCUGGACUGUGCCCUGCAGCGCCGGGAGUUCUGCCCGCCGGGGUCGGGCGCCUGCGGCCCCUGCCUGCCCCCCUUCCAGGAGGACAACCAUGGGCGAUGCGUCCAGAAGCAGUUCUCACCCAGCGGGCGGACGUCCGUUCCCAGCUUGGAGGAAGAAAUCGAUUUUCUGGCAGACGUGCUGGCCAGGCAAGAGGCUCCUCGCCCCCACCCGCUGCGGGAUGGCAAGCCCAGGACCACCCCGGUCCCCACCGGUGGCAGACAGCGCGUGGCCAGCGGGCUGAGAGAGGGGCUUCUGCAGCGGGAGGCAGCCGCCACCCUCCCCACCUCCACCACCACUGCGGUCCAGAAGUACCCGGUGGAGGCAUCCCCCAUCCCUUCAAAUGACGACAUGGUGCUCGGGCUGAUCGUGGUGUGCACAGUGGCCGGGAUCUCGGCGCUGAUCGUGGCUGCGGUCUGCUGGUGCAGGCUGCAGAAGGAGGUCAGGAUGGCGCAGAAAGCAGACUACUCGGCUCAGCGAGCGGCCAGCCCCCUACCCUACGACAAGAUCUCGCCCGGGGACAAGACACUGGCUCAGAGUGCCCAGAUGUACCACUACCAGCACCAAAAGCAGCAGAUGCUCUCCAUGGAGAAGCAUAAAGAGGAGCCCAAGCUGCCAGACUCGGCAUCAUCUGACGAGGAGAAUGAGGAUGGAGACUUCACCGUGUAUGAGUGCCCCGGGCUGGCUCCGACCGGAGAAAUGGAAGUGAGGAACCCGCUGUUUGACGACUCCUCCUUACACCCCUCCAACCCCAAGUCGCACCAGUAACACCCCUCCUCUCCUCCGCCCGAGCUCGCUACGGACUGUAUGCCCAACGCCGAAGCCCGGUGGGGCGGCCGCGCCGGAGGGGCACCCGCAGCCGGGCGAAGGGGCGCGGACCCCCCUCUGCCAGACUGUUCGACGCCUGCCCAAUAAACACCCACUAACAGCUAUGGGAGGGGGGGAUCGCCCCCGUUUCCAGCGUCCUUGUCCUCUUUGCCGCUGUGAUCGUGUCCCUGCCUUGCCCUUCGCUCGCUGCUCUCGGGGACACGCCAGCCCCACAGCGGGGGCGGCCGCUGCCUUGGCACAGAAACUGGGGGGGCUGCAGCGCUGUCUCUGCGUUUGGCUUUGAGGAGGGGGCUGCUGCCCUGGCUGCAGCUGGGCUGAUGUGACAGCA